GUUUUAUUUUACAUUGCGUCAUAAUAAAGAGUUCUUUAAAGAGGGAAAAUAAAUUCAGCUGAUUCUCCCGAAGUGAGUUGAAAGUAACCAUUGUGCAGAUGUUCAAGGGGAGGAAAGGCCCUCCUACAAUUGAAGGAUCAAAAAUUGGACUUUGUCAGAAAUGUCAUCUUCACCCGACCCUACAGAUGGCAAGACAGAGCCUCCAAAGAGUACUGGUUAUAAAACUCCAGGACUGAGGGGAAUACGAACCACCAGCCUUUUCCGAGCCGUCAAUCCAGAGCUCUUCAUUAAACCCAAUAAACCAGUGAUGGCUUUUGGACUACUUACCAUAACACUCUGUGUGAGUUAUAUUGCUUAUUUGAAUGCCACAACAGAAAACAAAGAUUUAUAUGAAGCAAUCGACAGUGAAGGAACAAGAUACACAAGGCGAAAGACAUCAAAAUGGGAAUGAAAUAUGAAGGAAAUCAGUACACAAAACUGCAGCCAAAGAACUGCUGAAAUAUUUAUUCCAGUGUUGGGUAGUAAUAUUGCAUAAGUAAAGAUGUUUGCAUUGUGAUCAGGACACUUCAAUAUUAUGAUGAGUAUAAUUGGCUUUCACGGUUACAUCUUGAGUGAUCAAAUUCUCUACUAUUCACAUUACCGGUCAAUAUCAGUCUUUUCCCAUUUUAAUUUACAAUAAUCUCUUUAUCUUCUACAACAGGUAAGGAGAUGGAGUAUAUCUGCAACAUGGUUCAAUGAGAGCAAAUGAACCCUACAUAAAACUCAUCAAGCGUUUUCCUACUCAGUUUGUUGUUGUUUGACAGUUCUGUCUCCCACUCACCAUGCCAGUUCUUUCUCUCCCCCGACAAUCAAAGUGAUACUAACACUCUUGUAAAGACAAGUUAGACAUAGCAAUACCACUAAGGAUUAAUUCCCUGAAGCUGCUUCUGCCAUUUAGUGAGAUCGUAGAGCUAUCUCUGUGUAUCUGUAUUUUGCACAUGCUCUGCAAUACCUUUGAUUUAAUUAAAAGUUAAUACCAAGUUUAAAAGAAAACAAAACAUUUAACUCAACAUUAAUUAAUGCUCACAGAAGAGAAUUCCAAACUAACCACUUGCUCCAGAUUCCAGCAUCUGCAUUUAACUGUGUACGCUUGUGGAAGUGUUUCCUAAGCUCACUCCUGAAAUGCAUAGUUCAUUUCAACCAUACCUCUAAUUCUAAGUAUUUUCCAUUUAGCAUGUCUAUUCCCACAAUAUCUUCAAAAUUUCAAUUAAAUUAGAGGAGCUGUAUGCAUUCUGUUGUCUCUGCCUCUGAUGACAUGGGAGUUUACCUGCCAGCAUUAAUACAUAUUAUAGGUUAGACAUUAUGAAAAGCUCCAUCUAGCAGUUGGUUGAAGAACUGCUGAAACUUGCUUCUAAACAGUAACCAAAUACAAAUAGACUUAAAACAGAGAAGUAGGAUUUGAUUUUAAAUUGCCUUCCAAUUUCGAGUGCAUUUUUCUGGGACUUUUGCCUUUCAUAUUGUUUGUGAAAUUUAUUGAUCAUCUCAAAGCCAAAUUGAACAAUGGGACAGUGGCAAUCGGGUUCAAAAGACGAAACUCCUGCAAAGAAAAUUCAUCAACCUGUGAAAAGAAAACCAAAUGAGCAUUUCUGUUCCAGACCUUGUAUUGAAGCUGACCAGCUUCUGAACUCACUGAAUGUGUCUGUUCUGGGGGUUGUUAUACUAAGUUCAAUAGUAUGUAUAGUUUGCUCCCGAAUUCUUCAUUGAGUAAGUUCUGGACUUCACAAAAUGAUUCUGUGCAGCCAUAACUAGUUCUCUAAGACCAUGUCUAUAAAAUCAAAUGCACUGAAUGAGAACACAAUACUUGUGGUUCUAUGUGUCUGGGUAAAUUGCUGCCAUUUUUUCACUUACAUAGCUGCAUAUGGAUCAAUUGUACAAAAUUGCACAGAAGGACUUAAAAUUGUAAUGGAAUUUCUAUUUGGUAUCAAUGAAUGAUUUUGCUUAUAAAAGCGGACAUUGUUUUAUUCUGGAGAUGAGAUUACAGACUGAGCUCAAAUAAUCUAUUGUAAUUUAAGAGACUGAAAGUUAUGACUAUUAUACUACCAUAACCUAUCUAAUAAAGUAGUUGAAGAGAUGAGCUUUUGUCUGAUAUG